AUGUCUUGGCAGAAAUUGACCGUACAGAUGCCGAGGAAAGGCCCCUGAAACCCGGAGCCGUCUUACUCGGUUGAGUUGACGCGCUCGGCCCAUCAGACGAUGGCGUCACUGCUCAUCGCGGAGCAUCCACAGUCUCUUCGCUCCCAGGACGAGGGGAAAAUCAUUCUGGUCUGUGCAGCGCGGACACAACAUCCGGCAGAGCCGAGACCGCGGGUUCGGACCGCUCUCGCCGUGCAGAAUAUUUUGGGCCCGUACCAUGAGGCGUCAUGUCCAUGCUGUUUCCGCUCUGCAGUACCCACCACAACCGUCCCAAGGGACAGUCGGCCUGACAUGUCACUUGGACAAAGAAGCUGAAGCCAGGCAGCUCACGCGUCUACACGGCCAGCUAGACAGACUCCCGCCACUGCUUACUUCGUACAGGUCAGGGGCUAACCGCCUGUUGAUCGAUGCAAACAACGCUCGCUGGUCAGGUCUCAGCCGGGUUCAGCCUCUUUCCUUAGAUUCGUGGGGUUUUGGUGACAGCACUACCGGAGUAGGCCAUCUUGCCCUUGUACGCCUGUCCUGCAAGGCCACGGAACAUGUCCGAUGUUCGCAUUUCCAGAUGCCAUGGUACUUUGACUAUUUGGCUGACAAUCCUGGCUUCCAUUCUACCGAAAGGUGUGAGACUGUUGUAUGAUCGUGGGGCUCAUGAUGUCGACUAUCCACGGCAAAUGCGGCCGAGGCACAACCGCGUGCUGCACCACCUGCUUCGCCGCCAUUCGUUGAUGGACCCCUUCUAGCUUACCAGUCUCAUACUUGCCAGAUCUAGAGAUCAUCUUGCCGGUGGAGCCAUGGUAUUGGUCACUGUGCUCGGCAAUGCAAACUAACGGCAGUGCUAUACAGUGCACCACGUUGUUGAUGUGAAAAGGGGCGAGCCCUUCUGGACGUCAUCAGCCCGCGGAACAAAUGCGUCUUUCCGCAUCGCGCACAUUCAUGUUUACCUAAUAGGCUCGCGGCCGCGCUGAGCUCUGGGGCGCGAGACUGCUUCUGAGAUGAUGGCCAGAAGCGAGGGCUUUCUCUCUCUCUUACGUCCUUGCUCCUGUUUUAAGGAUUUACUCAAGUAGAGUUCACUACAACUUCUGGGGGUUUGGACGACAAGGAUUACUGAUCAUUCUUAAUUGCCAUCUUUUCAUACAUCGAAUUUGUGUUUUCGCAUAAGCACGAAUCAUGUCACCCCGGACUGCAGUGCCGGCCCCUGACUGCGGUCGACGGCUGCUCCCUGCGGUCAUCGACCAGCGAGCAAGAGAGGAGCCGGAAAGGCCUUGGUGCUCACUACCACGAGACGACUAUGACUUGUCCAAGGGCUUUGAGAACAUCUCAUAUGCUCGGUUCGCCAAUGGAAUCAACAAGCUCGCCUGGUUCAUCGAGAAGGCGAUCGGGAAGUCCACUUCCUUUGAGACCGUCGCCUAUCUGGGAGUCACGGAUGUUAGGUAUCAUAUGAUGCAGAUGGCCGUGUGCAAAACGGGGCACAAGGUCCUAUUUUCGACAAUGCUCAAUACCCCGGCAGUUCACGUGUCCCUGAUGGAGCAAACUGACUGCAAGGCCCUGUUCACAGCUCAAGGUGUUCACGUGAAGGACAUCUUGGCCUCACGGCCGAUGAAGACCACGGUCAUUCCAGAACUUGAGGUUCUCCUGGAGCCGAGCCCAGUACCUCGCUAUCCGUAUGAGAAGACUUUUGAGGAGGCCGAGCACGACCCGUACCUCAUUCUCCACACAAGUGGCACGACAGGAGACCCGAAACCAAUCGUCUGGAACCAUGCAUUCAUUGCCACACAAGACAGGCAUCUCUUGUUGCCGGAACGAUCGGGACGAAAACACUGUUUGAUGUUAUCCCACCCCGGCGAGGACGUUCGAUAUAUCAUCACGACUUCGCCGUUCCACGCUAUCUCUUCAGGAUUCGCCAUGUGUAUUUCGGUCUUCGGGAAGGCUGUUUUCCUGCCUGGUUUCCGUCACCGCACCGCUACUGCCAAUGACGCACAUUUGCUUCUCCAAUAUGCAAAUGCAUCCAAGGCAUUCUUUACGCCCUGGGUCAUGGAGGAGAUUUCCCGUCGCGCUGAUGCCGAAGGGCUCAUCAAGCCCUUUGAUCAUGUAUGCUUUGGUGGCGCGGUGCUGUCACCGCAAGCAGCGAGCGUAUGGGCCAAGUACACAAAAGUCCAGAACUUCUGGGGCGCUACCGAAGCUCUCGCUGCGGCUCAGCUUGAAGCUGACAGAGAAGAUUAUGCUUACAAUUACUUUGACGUAUUCACUGAGGGUUACGAGUUCCGUCGUGUGGAAGAUACAGGAUAUGUGUCAGAGGAGGGCGAUUCCAAAGACCUGUAUGAGUUCGUCAUGAAGGUUAACGACAAGUCGGCUCCGAUCGCAAGCUGGCACGCCCGCCAAAAUAUCCACCCGUCAACCACCAAGCCACAUCCCCUGGAGUGGUUUACAGGAGACCUGUGGACACCCCACCCCGACCCCGCAAAAUCAGCCUUCGCUUGGAAGUUCGUGUGUCGCAAAGACGACUUGAUCUCAUUCUCAACGGGAGUGACAGGACACCCUGCUCCCCUAGAGCGCUCUGUCAUGGCGGCCGACCAAGUGAGCGCCGCGAUACUCAUCGGCAACAAGCACCAACAGCCCCUCGCGCUUGUCGAGCUCGUUGCCGGUGUUGAGCCGUCCUCAGAACUGUCAAGACAGCUGUGGGAGCAGACUAUCGAGCCCGCGAACGAGAAGGUACCAACUCAUAUCCGCAUAGCCAAGACACACGUCGUGCUGGUGCCGGCCAAUGGAUUCGUCAGAACCGCCAAGGGGAGCGUAAUACGGAAGCACACGGAGGAGAAGUUUAAGGGCCUUAUCGACGAAGUGUUUGAGAAACACGGUGACAAGUGGCAGGAGGCUAAGGAGAGGUAUGGCUCGAUCUCACAGUCGACGGAAAUUACGGUCGAGAUCAACUAGAGAAGAGCAAAUACGGAUCUCACCACAGCGGGGCCGAUUGAUGCUAGGGAGAUUUCAGUUGUUACCUCAGCACCAGAAACCUUGGAACGAACAGAAAGUUUCUUUGCCGAAAGCACCAGGUUGACAAACACAUGGAGGCAGUUUUCCAGCCUUUUCAGUACCAUGUCUCGUCUGCUUUGAGUAGAAUCGAAGGAGCAACAGUCAAACAAGCUGCUGAUUCACUUUAUCCAUCAAUCUCAAAAUUCUGACAAUUAUCUAGCCUGGUAGUAUCUCCAGGCCAGAAAGGACCUUUGUAUAGUAAUUUGGAGAACAGUGUGUUGGUUAUUGAUGAGCCCUGGAGUACUUGAGGAUAAAUCUGACGAGAAGAGAUG